AGCACUGGGUGUAAUGUGAGGAGGGAGGUGCACAGUGACUCGCCCCUCCAUCCCUGGCUGCUCUCCUCUCUUGUGCUGUGUGGACUUGCUGGGGACAGCUGCUGCUGCUGCUACUGAGAGUCCUGCCAGAACUCACCUGAACAUGGCUCUCAAUGACCUGACAUCCAGAGCAGUACUUCUUUACGAUGAGUGGAUUAAAGAUGCUGAUCCACGUGUGGAAGACUGGCCACUUAUGUCCUCUCCAAUCCCCCAGACAAUUAUCAUUGGGGCAUAUAUUUAUUUUGUCUCAUCAUUGGGUCCCCGGCUGAUGGAGAACAGGAAGCCCUUUGAAUUGAAAGGGAUAAUGGCUGUGUAUAACUUUUCUAUGGUGAUUUUCUCCUUGUACAUGUGCUAUGAAUUCCUUAUGGCGGGCUGGGCUGCAGGAUAUUCCUUCCGGUGUGACCUUGUGGACUACUCUAGGUCACCACAGGCAAUACGUAUGGCGUGGACAUGCUGGCUUUACUUUUUUUCAAAGUUUAUUGAGUUACUUGAUACAAUCUUCUUUGUACUGCGUAAAAAGAACAGUCAGGUUACAUUCCUGCACGUGUACCAUCAUUCAAUCAUGCCAUGGACCUGGUGGUUUGGGGUCAAGUUUGCGGCAGGUGGUUUAGGUACAUUCCACGCCUUGGUGAACAGUGUUGUACAUGUGAUCAUGUACACAUAUUAUGGGAUGUCAGCACUGGGUCCGGCCUAUCAGAAGUACUUAUGGUGGAAAAAAUACAUGACUUCAAUGCAACUGACGCAGUUUGUGAUGGUCACUGUGCACAUUAGCCAGUUCUUCUUCAUGAAGGAUUGCCCGUACCAGUUCCCGGUCUUCCUUUACAUCAUCUCCCUUUAUGGAGUCGUUUUCUUAAUCCUGUUUCUCAAUUUCUGGUUCCACGCCUACACCAAAGGACAGCGGCUACCGAAGUCUUACCAGAAUGGCAAAGCAUACCAAAACGGGCAUGUGAAGGACAAACAUCAUUGACACUAAGAACACAAUUUUUCUAGCUGUACCACGCAAUGGUAUCUUGGAAAUUACUUGACAAUCAUGCAUCAGUUAGCAGUAAAUGAAAAACAUUUGCACUUUCCCCGCCAUCCUGAAGAAAACUCUGUAUUUUUACUGUAACUUAUUGGGAUUGUUUGCUGACAAAAAGGUGUCGUUUCUUUGUUCUUCUUUGCUACAAAUGUACAUAUAUUUAUCUGCUGAUCACUCAGGAAACUGUUAGGUUGUUGGCAUGGAUGUGUAUGAUAAGUAUUUUGUACUUGGAAAAUCCUUUUGAACCGUUUCCAGGCAUCAGUCUGAGUGAAGGAAUGACUGUGAUGACCACAUGAAUGACUGUGUCCCGGUCCUGAGACAUGACACAGGUUGUUAGAACAGUGGUGAUGCUGCAAUCUAGUACCGCAUUUCACAUUUUGUACAAACAAUAAAAAAA